AUGAUCAUCAAAAAACGUCGUGUCGGAGCUGAACUAUGUUUUCCGCCGGCCAAGAAGCCGGGGAUAUCCAAGCCUUCCCUUGAUCAUCAACGUCCAAACCUGAAGAUGGACGUCGCAGCAACGUACUACCCAAAGCCCAUCCCCGGCAAACCCUUAGGGGAAGACUCCUACUUUAUUUGCGCCCGCCGUAACGUCAUCGGCAUCGCAGACGGCGUCGGCGGCUGGGUCCGGAAAGGCAUUGACGCCGGCCAAUACGCCCGCGAGCUCAUGCAAAACGCAGCGUUCUACGCCCUACACCAACCCAGAGAAUCCGUCAACCCUAGAACUGUACUGGAUGAGGCCUUCCAUGACACAAAAAGCCAGGGUUCAUCCACCGCCUGCAUCGCCACUCUAAAACAAAACCCUAAGAAACAGUACUUGCAUGCUGUGAACGUCGGAGACAGUGGGUUCAUGCUCUUCAGAAACAACAAGUUAGUGUUCCGGUCGCCGACGCAACAGCACCAGUUCAACAGGCCAUAUCAGCUGGGGAAUAGUAAGAACAGCGACACGCCGGAGAAAGCCGAGGAAUUCAAGGUGGAAGUCAAGGCCAGAGAUAUAGUGGUGUUUGGGACAGAUGGGGUAUUCGACAAUGUGUAUCCGAGGGAGAUCGAGAGGUAUAUAGAGUCGAGUUGCUGUGAGGGCGAUGACAAAGUGACGCCUGAAGAACUGGCUUGGCUUAUAGCAGAAGUUGCAGAGUGCAAUUCCAGGAACGAACAUGGCGAAACCCCUUUUUCAGAAGCGUCUCGCAAGGCUGGGAAAAAAUUUACAGGAGGCAAGAUUGAUGAUAUCACUGUUCUUGUUGCCUACAUAGUCCCUCGUUGA